AUGCGCGGGGCGCCUGUCGUUCCGGCGAAUACCUGGACUCACUUGUGCGUGCGUGCAGCGGGUUGCAGAGCAGGGUUGUGGCUGCGGGGUGAGCGGCGUCGUCAGCUGGCAGGCAUGGGGCGCGAGAGAGGCGCGUGGUGCGGCGAGCCGGCCGUGGUACUUGCGUGUGCGGGGCAGAGCGGACGCGACGGGAGGCGCGAGUCGAGCGAGCGUGCGGACGUCGACGCGGUUGGGGCGCGACUGGUACUGCGGAGACGUCGACUGCCGAGUGUCGAUGUCGCCGCGCGCCCCGAGAGGCCGAGAUGCGCAGCGCGGAGGCUGCGUGCUCCCCCGCGCCGCCUUGCUUCCCGCCGCCCCGCCGUCUCUACGCUGCUCUGCGUCUCAUCACACAUAACCCGCUUGACAUUGUAA